UUUUCGUAUUUUUGCUCAACUUGGACUGCGACAGCUUCAUCUUGUUCGUCGUCGACACCAAUAUCUCAGUCAUUCAUUCUUUGUCCACCAGAUCUAUAUAUCUCCGUCUCUCCAGAUUGUUCCGACUAAUUCACGACGAUGACGCCUCACAAAUCUAGGACAUGGGCUCUCGUGCUGCUUAUGAUCUCUUCCAUUUUCUUCGACCCCUCCAUGUCGAAGCACUGGGCGGCCAAAAGAAGACUCAUGAGAGAGAAAGUGCGUGGGAUGUUCUACCAUGCAUAUGAAAACUAUAUCAACCAUGCUUUCCCGCAUGAUGAGCUGAAGCCUCUUACCAAAACUUUCACCGACUCCCUUGGUGAGCUUGGAAACCUGAAGCUGGAACACUUACCACAAGAUUACAAUGGUUCUGCUCUCACACUAAUUGAAUCAUUGUCCAGCCUUGUCAUCCUCGGUAACAACACGGAAUUUGAAAGGGCAGUUCUCUGGCUUUCUGAAAGUAUAAGAUUCGAUGUUGAUGCAAGAAUAAAUCUUUUUGAGUGCAACAUAAGAGUUCUUGGGGGGCUUGUCUCUGCUCAUAUUCUUGCCACUGAUUCUGCAAACAGAUUGAUUAAAGGACAUUAUAAGAAUCAGCUGCUUAUUCUGGCAGAGGAUUUGGGGCGACGCUUUCUACCUGCGUUUGAUACACCAACUGGAUUGCCGUAUGCAUGGAUUAACCUGAAGUAUGGAGUCAUGAAGAAAGAGACUACUGAAACAAGCACAUCUGGCUGUGGGUCCUUGAUUCUUGAAAUGGGAGCAUUAUCACGAUUAACUGGUGACCCUAGAUUUGAGGCUGCAGCUUUACGUGCCCUUCGUAAGUUGUGGAGCAUGCGGAGUUCUUUAAAUCUAUUCGGAACAACACUUGAUGUGGUAACUGGAGAGUGGAUAGAGCAUUCGUCUGGGAUUGGUGCUGGGGUUGAUUCAUUUUAUGAAUAUCUAUUCAAAGCUCACAUUCUCUUUGGGAAGGAGGAAUAUUGGAGAAUGUUCCAUACUGCUUAUCUUGCUGUGCAGAAAUAUUUCAGGCACGGUCCAUGGUACCAUGAUGCUGAUAUGAGGACUGGAAAAGCAACUUACUGGCAACUUACAAGCCUUCAAGCAUUUUGGCCUGGUCUGCAGGUUCUUGUUGGGGAUAUUUCAGCUGCUAAUUCUUCGCACCGUGAGUUUUUUAAUGUGUGGAAGAAAUUUGGGCUGCUGCCAGAAAGGUAUUUGUUGGAUCAUCAAAUGAUACACCCAACGGAGAAGUAUUAUCCUUUGCGCCCUGAAUUCGCGGAGUCGACAUUCUACUUAUAUCAAGCAACAAAAGAUCCAUGGUACUUGGAAGUGGGUGAAUCAAUUAUUGAUUCUCUUUGUUUAUAUACCAAAGUAGAAGGAGGCUUUGCAAGUAUCAGAGAUGUAACAACCAUGCAAUUGGAAGAUCAUCAGCAUAGUUUCUUUCUUGCCGAAACGUGCAAAUACUUGUAUCUUCUCUUCGAUGACUCAUUUUUGGUUGAUGAAAACUACAUUUUCACAACCGAGGGUCACCCUCUUCCAGUGUUGAGUGAUUGGCAUGAGAGGCUUCCAGAGGCUUAUAUUCCAACGAAUUGGACUUCCGUCAAGAGUGGAAGACAAACAAGACCAGCAAGUGCAAUGUCUUUACAAGUCUGUCCUGCUACGACCUUGAAUUCCGGAGGGCAUGGUGGCCAGAAGGCUGAGAGUGCUUGUCACGUCCUUGAUGCUCGUAGUGACCACAGGUGUUUCAGUGAUGAAGAAUGCGGAGUUGAUGCAACCAAUUGUAGACGAAGAUCAUGUAGCAUCCCUGGCUACUGCGGGCUAUGGUUACUUACAUAAUACACACACAAGUUUACAAAAUCUUUUGUAGACAUAGACAAGGGGAAAAAACAGGGAAAAUUCUGUUGUUCAAGUAGCAUUUGCAGAAAAAUUUCCCGGAAAGAUAUUUAAUUACACCUGUUGAAAGUUGAAACAGGAAAAAAGAAAUACAGCUUGCAGUUCUUUGUACUC